AUGGAAUAAAUUGUAUAGGAAUCACUUAAAAUUCAGAAACUAAUGCAAAUGGAGGAUGUGUUACAGGUUAUGAUAGUAUUUGUGCAUAAUCAACAUUAAGUUAAAAUAAUGUAUUUUUUAAAAUUUGCAGUAUAGAAACUUAAUUCUCUUGUAUAAAUGUAUCUUAUAAAACACAUAUAGAAUUUUAAAAUUAUAGUAUCAAAUGUACAACAAAUGGAACGGGAUGUAUAUCUUUAAUGCCUUGUGCAUAAUAUAAUACUUAAUCUGAAUGCUUUAUAAAUAAAGUUGGUUAUAAAUGAUAAUAAUAAUAUUAUAACUACUGGAAUAUGUGCAUGGGAAUCUUCAAUCAUAGCAUGUAGAGAUUAAAAUUGUUUAGAUUUUAUUGGAAAUAAUCAUUAAAGUUGUGAUGAUUAAUUAUUAAAUUGUACAUCAAAUGGUACUACUUGUAUACCUAUAGAAAAAGGUACUUAUCAUGCAAUUUAAACUGCUUGUAUAGUUGCUAAAAGAACAGAUGGUCCGUAUUAUUGGGAAAUAGAUUCAAAAUUUAUUUAGACCAUUAAUAUGCUUAGAUAUUAAAAAUGUAUCUAUAAUUAGCAAUUGUUAAUUUAUUUUACCAUCUUGUUUUUCUGA